UGGUCCUUUAGUGACUCCGCGUGUGAAUCCCCUCUGCAUCUCUCUCUUCUUCCCCACAUCUAGACCCCCAUGGACAUCUCAGCCGCCCUCCUCAACACUCAGAGCCCCGACCUUCAGCUACGGAAGCAGGCGGAGGAGUUCCUGAACAAUGCGCUGCAGCAACAGAUGGGCCAGUUCAUGGUGACCCUCGUACAGGCUCUGUCCUCAGAGGAGUUCGCCGUGGUGGGCCGCCAAGCCGCCGGUCUAUACCUCAAGAACGUGCUGGACGCUAAGGACGACGCUCUACAGCAGCAGAAGAUCAAUGCCUGGAUGGCCAUGGACACGGCCCUCCGCACCCAGAUCAAGGAUGGCUCUCUCGGUGUGCUGCAGUCCAACGACCCUGUGGCUCGCCACACGAGCGCCCAGCUGGUGGCCAAGAUCGGCAGCAUCGAGCUGCCACAGAAGGAGUGGCCGACCCUGCUAGAGUCUCUACUACAAAACGUGACGAGCGGCAGUGAAGGCUGCAUCCACGCCACGCUCGAGUGUCUCGGAUACCUUUGUGACGAGCUGGAGGAAGGCGCCAUCGACGAACAGGACACGAACCGUAUCCUUACAGCCAUCGUGGACGGUAUCCGAGCCGAACGCCCACCGGCCAUCCGUCUUGCAGCCAUUACGGCCCUACGCAACAGUCUGGAGUUUGUGAGCGAGAACUUUAAGCGCAAACAGGAGCGUGACCACCUCAUGCAAAAGAUCUGCGAGGCUACGCAGUCCCCGGACCUGCGUACCCGUGUGGUGGCGUACGAGUGCAUUGCUGCCAUUGCUACGAUGUAUUACGAGUACCUGGCCGAGUAUAUGGAGACGCUGUGCAAGCUGACGUUCAACGCCAUUACCGGCGACCAGGAUGAGGUUGGUCUGCAGUCGCUCGAGUUCUGGUCGUCCAUGUGCGACGUAGAGCUGGAUUUGAUCGAGGAGAUGAACUACGCUCAGCUGGAGAACCGCACCGACUACAUUCCAUGCAAUUACUACGUGCAGACUGUUCUGAACACGCUCAUCCCUCUGCUGACUGAAACGUUGAAGAAACAGGAGGACGACCAGGACGAGGACUCGUGGAAUUUGUCGAUGGCUGCUGCUACGUGUCUGGCCCUGGUAGCCCAGGUGGUUGGUGACGCCUGUGUGGACCUCACAAUGACGUUUAUUACUCAGAACAUCGAGAGCAACGAAUGGCGUCCCAAGGAGGCGGCUAUCAUGGCUUUUGGCUCGAUUCUGGAUGGCCCCGACUCGGUGAAGAUCGCUCCGCUGGUGCGUCAGGCGCUGGGCUUCCUGAUGGGCUGCAUGAAGUUCGACAACAUUCUUGUGCGUGACACGACGGCGUGGACGCUUGGCCGUAUCUGUGAACUGCACUGCGGCUGCAUCAGUGGCGAGAUGCUGCCAGGACUUAUGCAAUUGCUGCUUGAAGGUCUGGAUCAGGAGCCGCGUGUGUCACACAAUGUUUGCUACGCUAUCCACAACAUCGUCAAGGCUUUUGAGGAGUCGGAGGCGGCUGCACACAUGUUGACUCCAUACUUCAAGACGCUGUUCGACAAGCUGCUUGAGACCAGUAACCGCCCCAACGCCACGGAGAGUAACCUGCGUGGAUCAGCAUACGAGGCUCUGAACGUACUGGUGCAGGCUGGUGCUGACGAGGUGAACGAGCACAUUAUUCUGCGUCUACCCGUGGUGUUGGAGCGUUUGGAGCAGAGCAUUAAGACAUUGAUCGAGAACCCGAACAGCCUUCACGACGACCAGGCUGGGUUGCAGGCACUGCUGUGUGGCGUCCUGAUCGCUGCCAUCCAGAAGCUGAACACGGACAUUGAGCCACUGGCGGACCGUAUCAUGCAGGCGCUGCUGCAGGUGUUCUCUACUCGCAAUGCUGCGGCUGCUGAGGAGGCAUUUAUGGCUGCUGGUGCCCUGGCUAAUGUUGUUGGUCCCAAGUUCGAGGUGUACAUGCAGUACUUUGGCCCGGUCGUGCUUAUGGGUCUGAAGAACAGCGAGGAGUACAUGGUGUGCAGUGUUGCGGUGGGUGUCGUUGGCGACCUUUGCCGUGCUCUAGAGGGCAAGAUCCAGCCGCUGUGCGAUGAAUACGUGGCUGCUUUGAUCGAGAUUCUGAAGAACCCGAUGCUUAACCGCUCGGUGAAGCCGCCGGUUCUGUCGUGCUUUGGUGAUAUCGCGUUGGCUAUUGAAGGUGAAUACGAGCGCUACGCGGUGUCUUCGCUGCAGAUGAUUCUUCAGGCAGCCGGUGCGUGUGGAUCUAUUGCGACAGAUGAUGAAGAAGUGGUGGAAUACAUGAACCAGCUGCGCGAGAGCGUGCUAGAGGCGCUCACGGGUAUUGUCCAGGGCCUUGGCGCUGCCAACAAGGCUGCAAUGCUGAUGGAAUGUGCGCCGCAGAUUGGAGCUUUCUUGGCUACGCUGGCGAAUGACCUUGCGACGCGAUCGGACGCGGUGACGACUGGCGCGGUGGGCCUCAUUGGCGACAUGGGCCAGGCGAUGGGCAAGGCUGUGGAAACGCUGUUCCACCAGCAGUUUGUGGUUCAGCUCGUGACGGAGUGCGCUAACAACGCGCAAAACCCGCAGGCGCAGCAGCUGGCGGCGUGGACGCAGAAGGUGAUUAUGGAUCUCCAGGCGAACUAAACUUUGGGUCGACGUCGCCUUGGUCUUACCCCUGCUCGUCUCUUGUGGUUUGCCUUCUGCAAACAGCGAGGCUAUGCGGGUGGUAGAACUGAGAUGCGUUCGUACCAAGUUUUGAUGAACCUGAAGACAAGUGUUGGCUGACCGCGCAUUUCUCUUGUCGCCCCUGCUCGCAUUUUGCUGGUUGCCUUCUGCGGUCACAAAAGCAAGUGAAGGCUGAUUGGAGUUUGCUGGC